CACUUUUCUCGCUCCCCACACACUCUCGUCCAGAUUCGAACACGCACUCUGCUCUCGCAAACAUGUCUUUCCUGUCAGGAAUUCUCGGUGGUGGUAAAACAGAUAAAAUGGUGGACCAAGCUGUGGAUAAAGUGGCUGUUGUGGCCAAGACCAAGGUGAAGGAGAUGAUGGGAGGAGCAGCCGCAGACGGAGUAGCAGCGGGAGGAGCAGCCGCAGGAGCAGCAGGAGCAGGGGGGCAAGCACCAGCAGGAGGAGCACCUGCAGGAGGAGGGACCGACAUUGGAGGAGUAGCAGCAGGGGCCAUGGACGCCUUCUCCGGAAUGUUCUCCGCUGAUGACAAGAAGGAGAAAAAGCCGAGUAGCGCAGGUGGAGCGCUUGAUUUGGCUGACUCGUUGGACUUCUGAUUAGAGGACCAAGACGACAUCCGUGGAGACCAAAUACUGUGGUUUGAAGAGUCUCUUCGGCUGAGCUCCAUAUGAGACAUUCCUUGUUACCUAGACUACUUUGGCGAAAGUUCAAACCAGUAUCCACAUUCCGCUGUCUGGCUGCACAGUCUAUGGAGUUUUAACUCAUUGUUAGACCACUGGUGUCCCUCAGGCAUUGGUACACCAAUAUGCUAUAUAUAUAUAUAUGCACUUCAAAUAUUUGAAUUCUUGAUUCUUACAUCAAUAGGUUUAACUAACUAAACCUUUGAAGAUCAUAGUUUGCACUUAUAUUGUUUAAACUAAUUACUCAGUCGAUAUUGUGUAAUUCUGUUGACACACGUUGGAGAAUAAAAUGUUGAUUGGAAAUCUGAAA